GCGCCAACAGGAACUAGCCUUCCCCUUCUUCCUCUCUCUCUCUCUCUCUCUCUCUCUCUCUCUACAAGUACUGUCCACGCAUAACGCAUUCUCCUCAGACCUCACCAUUGUUUGUUCCUUGCACGCUAGCUAGCUACAGAAAAGCUCUCUCUCUCUCUCUCUCUCUCUCUCUCUCUCUCUCUCUCUCUCUCUCUCACACACACACACACACUCAUGGAGAUGAUGAAGCAGGAAGGGCAAUGCAACGUCCUAGUAGUGCUCCUUCUUGUUCUGCUGAUCAUACCACCACAAGGAUGCAGAGCGCAAAGCAGCAGUGAAAAUCUGACGAGGAACAGCUUUCCUAAGGGAUUUGUUUUCGGCACUGCUACUUCUGCGUAUCAGUAUGAGGGAGCAGUCCAGGAUGAUGGAAGAGGACCUGCUAUUUGGGACAAAUUUGCUCACACAUUUGGAAAGAUCAUUGACUUUAGCAAUGCUGAUGUGGCAGUCGAUCAAUACAACCGUUUUGAGGAGGAUAUUCAACUCAUGUCAGACAUGGGAAUGGAUGCAUACAGAUUUUCAAUUGCAUGGCCUAGGAUUUUCCCAAAUGGCACUGGCGAGGUUAAUCAGGCAGGAAUUGACCACUAUAACAACCUGAUCAAUGCGUUGCUUGCAAAAGGCAUAGAACCCUACGUAACACUGUAUCACUGGGACCUUCCCCAGGCCCUGGAAGACAAGUACACUGGGUGGCUUGAUAGGCAGAUAAUCAACGAUUAUGCGGUGUACGCUGAGACGUGUUUCAAGGCGUUCGGAGACAGGGUGAAGCACUGGAUAACCUUCAACGAGCCACACACUGUUACAGUUCAGGGCUACGACUCUGGACUGCAGGCACCAGGGCGCUGCUCGUUGAUCCUCCAUCUCUACUGCAAGGAAGGCAACUCAGGCACUGAACCCUACAUUGUUGCUCACAAUAUCAUACUGGCUCAUGCCACAGUUGCAGACAUUUAUAUGAACAAGUACAAGGCAACACAGAACGGACAGCUGGGCAUAUCUUUUGAUGUCAUCUGGUAUGAGCCGAUGUCAAACUCCACGGCAGAUGUUGAAGCGACGAAGAGGGCACAGGAAUUCCAGCUAGGAUGGUUUGCGGAUCCUUUCUUCUUUGGUGACUACCCGGAGAUAAUGAGAUCGAGGGUCGGAAAGAGGCUGCCCAAGUUCACAGCUGAAGAGGCUGCUCUUGUGAAGGGGUCGCUGGACUUCAUGGGGAUUAAUCACUACACCACGUUCUAUGUCCAGGAUGAUGAGUCCAGUGUCGUUGGGACACUGCUAAAUAACACCUUAGCAGACACAGGAACUAUUAGCCUCCCCUUCAGAAAUGGGAAGCCAAUUGGGGAUAGGGCUAACUCGAUAUGGCUGUACAUUGUACCUGGCAGCAUGAGGAGCCUAAUGAACUAUGUCAAGGACAGAUACAACACUCCACCUGUGUAUAUAACAGAAAAUGGAAUGGACGAUAGCAACAGUCCCUUCAUCUCCCUGAAGGAUGCAGUCAAGGAUGACAAGAGGAUAAGCUACCACAAUGAGUACCUGACAAAUCUAGCUGCCUCCAUCAGGGAGGAUGGCUGCGAUGUUAGAGGGUAUUUUGUGUGGUCUCUUCUCGACAACUGGGAGUGGACCGCUGGAUACACGUCGAGAUUCGGGUUGUACUUUGUGGACUACAACAACAAUCUCAAGAGAUACCCAAAGAACUCAGUGCUGUGGUUCAAGAACCUGCUGGCCUCUUCAUGCAAGUUUGGUGGCCCAUUUAGAGCUCCACAUGGUAUGCUCCUUCAGACCCUGUAACCAAUAUUUUCUAGCAAUUUGUCCUGUCCCCUGUAUAUGCAUUGGUUGUGUAGUGAUUUGUGUGAUAUGUUUGUUGUACUCACUCCAUCCCUAAAUAUAAAUAUUUGAUUGAAGGUUGAAAGCUUAUCUAUAAA